UGUGAAGUUAUACACUGCAUUCCAUUGAAUAGAAUGUAAUUGGUAUUCAUAAUAAGUGUUUGUUUGGCACAGUUUAAUAACACAUGACAACAAAGAAGGUUUUUGUGGCUCAUUGUUUUUGUUUAACUUCUGGUUGUAUAAUAAGUUGGCUGCAGGUAGAAUGCCUUUUAUUGAAUGUUGUGAGUGCUUGUGUUGUUAUGUAGUGUUUUAUGAAGAUGUAACAGUGCUAAAAUGGGUAUUUAAAUAUUUUAGUGUUUUAAAGGUUUUUUUAUCAUAAAAUCUUAUUUUCUUAUGGAGUUCAUUUCUUCUGUUAACAAGCAGAUCAACGACAAGGAGCGGAUUGCGGCUGCAAUGGAGAACCCCAAUCUAAGCAACCUGGUCGAGAACUGCAUAGCUGACGAGGAGUAAAUCGUACAUCAACACAAACUGUUUCUGUAUAUCUGUACAUAGUUCUAUAAAAAUGGCGCCCGACGUGGCAUUCUCAAAUAUAAGCGACAAAAACGAAUUCACAAAGUUUACAAAGUUCCUAGCUUAUAAAGGUGUGCAAGUGAUAGUGGAGUCGCGCAAAGGUGUUAAGAUUGAACCGAACUCUAAACCGACGACGCAGGAUUCCGAUUGGUUCAACCUCCAAAUACCUGACUCUCCAGAAGUGAACCAAGCCACAAAGAAUGCUCUGCCAUCAGACAGAGUGCUGGAAACAAUUCGGUCUCAGCUCCACGUCGAAAUUUCAGUCCAAACCGAAGAUGGCGACGAGAUGGUACUUGAAUUGUGGACUCUGGAACUGGACGAAACUCAAUUCGACACCUCGUUGAAGGCUAUGAACACCGUGUACUUCAGAAUGGGCAUUCUUUUGAAGUCUCUCAUUACCACAACCAGAAUUACACCCGCAUAUCAUUUGUCCAGAAAACAAAGAACUGAAUCAUUCACUAUUUUCUACAGAGUCUACAAUGGAGAGCCUAAGACGAAGGCUCUGGGAGAACAUGUGAAGAAGGUCCAAGCGGGAUUGCUGAAGACGCCUUUAGGAGGGAUUGGCUUCUCAGUCGUGUACCGCACAAAUUUUUCCAUAUCACCAAACAAAAAAGAAAAGGACAAGACUUUGUUGCUGAAAAGUGACCAUUUUGAGCUGAGCCCCAAGCACGUGAUUUUCGAGUCCAAGAAGAAGAAAGAGGUGAAAGAGAAAGAGUUCAAGCCAUUGAAGCCUGUGGAUUUGAACAAACCGUUGCGUCUUGCUGCGUUCACAGAUGAAGAGGUAGUCCGACGGGCUUUUGAAGAUUUUCUUGAGAAGUUUCCCGUCCCUAAAUUCAGGGUCCACGUCAAGCCAAAAAGUCCUGUUCAAGACAUCCCAGUGGAGUCUAAAAGCACCCAGGAGUUGGACGUCACAAUGUUAUCCAAAAGUCCGACCUCUUUCGAGUCGCCUCCGAAAAAGUUUUCGGGUUUUCGGAACGAGCACGAACCUCCAUUGAAGCUCCUUUGUUUUCCGUUCGCCGAUAAUCAUCCUAUAAGGGAGUUGGCGGAGUUUUACAAGGAUUUCUUCAACGCUCCGCAUCUGAAACUGACCGAGGAUAUAAUCCCAAAGGCUAGGGAUGACGACUCUUUGAAAGAAGAAGUCGAGAUGCUGAGUGAGGAUUUGUCUAAGGAUCUGGAGCUGUACGAAAGUUCUGUCCUGGAAUUUGACCAGCUGUUGGAGGAUAUGUGCAAGUCGGCAGAAUGGGGCGGCAAUUAGGGAUCAAUGGGCGGUGGACAUUUUCAAUAUGACGUUUAUUGUACUAUAGAUUUGUAUUUCCAUAUUCUGUGACUGUGUUUUCUAUACAAAAUUUUAAGUUAAUUUUGAAGGUAGUAAAAUUUGUUUUAGAUACUUAAAACCAGUUUUUCUUGAUAGGGAUGUAGACACCACUCAUAAUUAAUUCCAAGUAUCAUUAGAAAAUGUUGUAAAAAGUUGGUUUUCUAAAUGACUUUAUAGGAAAUCAUUAAUGGUUCGUUAUUUCCAAUGAAAGUGACGUCAUAAACCUGUAUAUUUAUAUUAAUUCUGUGAAAAACAAUAGAGAAAUGAAGUUUCGACAAAUCAUAAAAAGUAUAUCAACUGCUUGGUGGUGUCCACAUUCAAAGUACACUUGUUUAUGCCAAACGAAGUUAUUUUCUUAUAAAAAUUUAAUUAUUUCUACAUUUUCCUUGUUUCUGAAUGACUAGACGUUUGUCUGAUGAUAUUUAAUAUGAGUUUUUUUGGUAUACAUUUUUUGCAAUGAAAAUCAUAUUGAAGAAAAGGUUUGAGAUGCCUGCGAAACGGUUUAAGACUGAAUUGUUAUGGAUAUAAUGGAAUGACUGUCUUAGAUUACCACUCGAAUUUGAAAUGGAUUGUAUUAGCACUGUUUUGUUCACUUAACAAUUUACCACCCUGGAUGCAUUAUAAGGUCGGGUCAAAAUGAACGCAGCCCGCAACAUGUAUGAAUGUAUGAACAACAUCGUCAAUCUGUAUGCGUUUUGUAUUGACACUGAGGAUAAAUGGGAAAAAUAAUCCUGAUUGUCACUAGUGGCGACGUAUAACACAUACUUUCUCAGUUGUAGCUACAGGCUUUCUCACCACUGGUGACAAAUGAGAAAAGGCUAAGAAAACUACAUACCAAUUUAUCGCCAGUGGGGGCGUACGACACAAAUAUUGUCGCAAAUGUCCAUGCAAGACUCGACCGCAGGCCGCAUCCAGUGUGAAAAAUGCUUUAUUUCUACUUUUACUUACACUAUGCAGUUGUACUGAAUAUUUUAUAUUUCUUUUAUUGUGAUUGUACAAGAUGGCGAUCCAUUUGGUAUAAGCUGAGGAACUCUGUGGCUGGUUGGAAUGUGUUUUUCCCAACUAUCCCAACUAUAAUAUUAUAAAUGCGAAAGUAACUCUGUCUGUCUGUCUGUCUGUUACGCUUUCCCGCUUAAACCUCGCAACCGAUUUUGAUGAAAUUUGGCAUAGAGAUAGUUUGAGUCCCGGGAAAGAACAUAGGAUAGUUUUUAUCCCGGUUUUUGAAACAGGGACGCGCGCGAUAAAGUUUUUCUGUGACAGACAAAAUUCCACGCGGGCGAAGCCGCGGGCGGAAAGCUAGUAUGUAAUAUUAUCAUUGGGUCCAUUUAUAAAUUAUGCAGGUUAGAUAGUUUUGGUGAGAAUAAUAUUAGUACCGGUUUGGUGUCGCUCCUUCUAACUAAAGUAUAUGUAUGUACUACGUAUUUGUCUCACAAAAUUGUCAAAGAAACUGGUAACUGAGGAUGGUACAGUCAGCGUCAAAUAGUUGACCCAAAGCAGCCAAAAAGUUCGCAACACGUCUUUGUUACAUUGGAAUAAAACUCAUUGCAAAUAGGCUUUUAAAAAGCACUUUUACACGUCCCAAUAUUAACCCUACCACUACUUCGGGACAAUAAAUGGGCCAGUGCUGAGAAGAAGCAGCGCAAGAAACUCAGUCACUAUUGUCAGCCUCCUUUUCAAGGGUUUACAUAAUAAUAAGGUUGUUUUGUCCACCUUUUUGGUCAUUUUGGGGUGUCAGGACCUUGAUGCUGACUGAAUACCAAUUUAGAAGGAAUAAUAAGGGAGAAGAGCGAUUGAAGAAUCGGUAUAGCCUGACCAGGAACAUAAAAACCCUGGCAUAGAGGCGCGUCAAUUGCAUUUGAUAGUGCAACACUGAGUACAGUCGUACCUGUGUUAAAUUAAUAGGCUAACUUUAUGUAUCAGGAUUCUGGAUUACGGGCUAAUUUGAUAUUUUCAUAAAUUUACGAAAAAAUAUUAUUAUAGGUAACCUGGUUUAAAUAAAUUAAAUGAAACCAUCAAUCGAGUUAGUAGGAUUUAUUUUAUUAUUCGUCAAUAAUCAAAUUCAGAACUUGAAUAUUCAACUGCAAUGUCUGCUCAUGAACGCUUCAAACUCGGUACUUCUUUCCCAAUUCCAUAAAAUUCAACACUUAGAAAGUGACAAAAAACUUUAAAAUAGGUAGUUGAAACAAACCACAGCUAAUUUUCAUAGUGGACUGUACUAUACGAUAAACAUGUCAGUCAAUUUGACAACCUUUGUCGGAAACAUUAUUCAAUGAAAAUAUUGUCCGAACCCUUAGUAUUUCUCUUCGACAAAUACUUUAACACAUUGUGAACCACUUUUCUUUCACGACUAUAAAAAUAUUUUAGCAAUUUAAUUCACAAAAUCAAUUGCGCACAUUUAAAAUAAAGUUUGUUUACACUUUGACAGCAAUAGACUGACAUGCAAGGUGACAUGUCAAUGAAGUUUUCAGUUACUGUUGCCAUUAAAAGAAAUUAGUACCAUUAGUUUUCCGCAACAUGGCGAGGGUUUUUAUGUUCCUGGUCAGGCUAUAUAUAUUGUUUUAGGCUAAUAGCACACAGCCGGUGACCAGCCGUAUAUCAGACUUCGUCUGAUAAAAUAGGAAAAUUUACAAAUGUUUAUUUAAUGGUGUAGCACAAUUUCUAAAUGGUCCCCUGUAUAAAAUAAAUAUCAAAGUUACAGAGUAAGUGGCAAACACGUAACUACGUAGUUUUAUAAUGUGUAACGGCCUAUACUAUCUAUUCGAAGUGUAGAUAUUGCAAAAUUUUACUAAUGUUACUCCGAUGAUAAUGUUAUACAAUAUUUGUAUGGAUGCAUUCACUUGCUAUUUAAUUGUAUCUUUUUAUUCCUAUUCGAUGUACAAAACAGUAAGUUCUACGAGGUUUUAUAUUUCUAUUUUCUAUAGCAUAGAUGGGGGAAAUUAAAAAUAUUAUGUCGUUACUUUUAAGCUCUCUUUAGUCUUUAGUAUGUGUACUGUCUAAAAUUACAUGAAUAAUAAUAAUAAAUUAGAUUUUAUACGAUCAAAACCCGUAAUUACCAUAGAUUUCUUAUGGCAAUACAAAGAUAGACGUCACUAUAAAUGGACUUAUAAUCCAAUGCAAUGUUUACAAAAUAUACCCGUUCCCCUAGUUUAUGUUAUAGAAACUUAAAAUAACAUAUAAUAAUCAGAAUCACGAAAAUAACGUUUGAAAUAUUCAUUCCUUAAAACGUAGAACUUUAGUUGUUACCAGAAAUUAAAUUUGAACGAUGUAAUAAUCUUUGAAUUUGAUUUCUGGUAACGUUUAAAUGUGAUUUAUCUAUUUAAUUGUUUGGAUUUAGUUUUUAGAUGUGUAAAAUAUUUUGCUCAUGUUUUGUAGAUGAUCCAAAUAAAUAUCUUGGUUUAA